GUCGAUUUUCCAGCACCUAUGGGCCGCAUGACGGCGAUGACCGAUUUCUUGUGCUCGGGCUUGGAUGGCUUUCGUGACAUUGGCACGUCUGUAAGCUUCUAUUUACUGCUGCAGACACAGGUUACUGCAAUGGAUCACGGCAUCGAUGGAAGACAGACGUUCAGAGAUUGCGCGACUUUCUUUCACGAGACUUCGAACUCGAGCCUGGUUUAUCCCACGAAAGGGAGGCGCCAUGCAGAGGUGGCCACAAGCAAGUCAAGCAAGUCUGGAGCCUGGACUUGGCUUGACUUGAGGCCUCAAAACCGUGGGCUUGACUUGCUUAAGAGGUCCGAGGGGAUGGCUUGACUUGCUUGACUCGGCUUGAGCCAAAAGGCCAAAAAUUCAGCCACCUGCGAGAUUUGUAUUCGCGACCUUAGAGUCUACGAUCCCCUUGCUCUACCGCUGAGCUAAGGUGGCCAGAGCCAUAACAGCUGGACCAUUUGUGCCGAUGUCUGACCCGGUGUUUUCGGGGUAUUUCAAUGCUCUCCGAGGGGUGGUUUCUCAGACCGAGUGUUCGGGCCGACACGGAGGAUGACGAUGUCGUAGCGACGUCGUCCGCGCGACGCUGGAG